AUGAGUUUUAUAAGAAGAAGGAACCUAAUAAGCUUUGGCACCAAUGACAGUAAUGUAGAUCUGUUGGACAAGGAUGCCGUAAAAUACAUUCUAGAAAAAUGUCCGUCGAUAUUGGCAAGUAUCUACAGGAGGACUAAGCAAAAGAGCAAAGCUAUUCAAGCGCUCCAAUAUAAAAUAUCUGGAUCGAACAAGGUCAUAUACAACCAUGAGAUAUUGUACAAUUACAUCUACUUUGGGGACUAUGAUGGAGCACUAGAAAGAGCUGAAUCUUUAAGCUUCAGGGACGAACCAAUAGAACGGCUGCUGCUACAAAUAUUCAUCCAUAAGAAAACACAGAGUGAGAAGGUUUGCUGUGGAUCAGAUACCUACGAUGAGAUAAGCACCCGUGUAUUUCAAUAUUUAUCCACAUACUUUACCAUCGAUAUCCUAGACUACUUCAUCAAAGCUCUCAAGGACUUUUGCAAUAACAACACGGAAUGCAAGACUAAGUCAUGUGGAAACACCAAGAUUGCUUUGUUUAAGUCGCAAUGCAGCAAGGAUUAUUUAGAAAAGCUAAGUACAGAGUCUUUAAAGUACAUAUACCAUGAGCUAGAUAUAAUUGAGGCAUUGAGACUUAUAGUCCAUAGAAAUCCAAAGAGUAGUGAACGUUAUUUCAGAGAAUUUAUAGAAAGGUGUUUUCCAACCAACGAAGAAGUUAAGUCGAUUCUAGGAAGAUUCUACGUCCCUUCUUUGUUUGAACUUUUAAAAGAGAGGAAUUCCUUAACUGAAGAUAUAAUGAAGGUCAAAGAAUAUUAUACCAAGAGUUGUAAAGAAGUAAAGCUUGAAUCUCGAUACUGCAAAAAAGCGAAAAUGAUAGAAAAAAACACAUACCUGAGUACGUGUAAAACAUUCAAUAAAAAGAGAUAG